ACUGUCAAUGCAGUAAGAAAAAGAAGAAUAUUUCUUUGCACACUCUUGCAACAAGCUAUCUGCGAUACUGUUGAGGUAUAAAAAGCACAGUUCUAGAUAUAUAAACAUGGAUCUGUUGGGAUCUAUAUUAGGUUCCAUGGAUAAACCACCGCCAAAAGAUAAAAAUAAAACACAGAUGUACGAAAAUCAACGAAGGCAGUACGAAACUGAAAAAAACAAGCAACGGGAAGAACUGAACCGCUUCCGAUCAUAUGUGGAAGAGCGCCUAGGACGUUUCAUGAAAGAUGAUAAUCGACAUUACAUGGAAUUUCAGCCGCUGGACCAAGUGCACCGUUCUAUCGUGCACGACAUUUCCGAAACAGCUGGAUUGUUUGGAAUGAGCUUUGGAACGGAAGAAGACCGGUACAUAGUGGUUUACAAAAAAGAGCACCUUCCGAACGAGGAUGAGGUGCAUGCGCGGAAGAAUGGGGAAGUGUGGAAUACAGAAACAGCUAAACAGUAUGCAGAAAGUAGUAAACUAUUGCGUUUAAAAACGUUGGAUUGUAAGAAUGAUACCGAUACCAAAAUGGCUGACAUAAAACCAACUACAAAUUAUAACCAGAAGUACAUACACAUUUUCGGGAAUGAUGCAACACCGGAAGCAGCCAGGAAAACGAAAGUCAACAGAUCGUAUGGAUAUGUACCGAGCGAGAAUAAGAAAGAUGUGCGCUCCAUUGAACAAACGAUGGCAGACAUUUCAGCAAAGAAACGACUCAAAACUCAACAUCUGGAACCGCCAGUCCACUAAAGGAAAGCAUUGAGAAGCUUCAACUACGAAUGUGAAUUGAUAAGAAUAGUUUAUAAUAGUACUGCGUAUAGAAUGACACUUUACGCAGUUUAGCUCACUUACUUUUACAAUAAUUACAAUGUAUUAUUUUAGUUAUUGUACGUUUGUUCUCCGAUAAAGGUUAGUCAUACUGGUAAAUCCAAAAUACUUUAUUCUAGAAACAUUUUUAAGAACUAAACUUUGAAUCGACGCUGCGAUUUAAAUUGUAUAAUGAACUUGAAACAAUACAGCUUUGUACAUUGGAAAGUGUUGUUUUUCGUGUAGUCUCGGAUAUGCAAGUCAAUUACAUUUUACACCGGACUAUUCUGUAUUAUGUAUGUUCAUUCAGCGAAUAAAAUCGAUACUUAGACAUAUCUUUCCUCGCCGAAA